AUGUGCAGUUACCGAAGUGCAGCGCGGAUCCUUCGCAUUGAUCGCAUACCGUUGCGUCCUUUAUGUAAUUCAACGACAUCAUUUCUUGCAGAAGAGGAUAGAAACAACGUCCAGCUAGCUAAACCUCUAGUCUAUCUGUAUCUUACAAAUGCUUUCUACUCAUUAAUCGUAUUUUAUUACACGUUACUUUGCCUCUGUCAAGAGUGGUAUUAUACUCCAAACACCAAACCUCUUCCUUUGACUGUAUACAGAGCAAGCAAGCACUUUAAAAUUACCAGAAAGAACAUGACAAGCGAUUGGAUUUUUACUGAUGAAGAAAUGCGCGCGACGCCUUCGAUGCGUGAUGGCAUGAAGUACACGGACGAACUGAUUCUACGUCGUAAUGCCUGUAACUUUGUUGAGAAGAUGGCAAAAGCACUGGACUUGCCAAAACUCGCACAAAUUAGUGCCAACAAUUUUCUACAUCGCUUUUACAUGCGGCAGUCAUUUGUGCGGUACGACAAGUUUCUUGUUGCAGCUGCGUGCGUGUUGCUUGGCUCUAAAGCAGAAGAAAGUCCAAAGAAGAUUGGCUAUGUGGCCAAGGAAUAUAUUGCUGUACGCAAGAUUGUGGAGAAAGAUCAGAUAUUUGCGAUACAAAAGCACGAACCUCAACUUAUUGCAAGCAAGAUCAUAUCGAUGGAGGGCGUUGUGUUGCACAAUUUGUCAUACGAACUGACACUGUCGCACCCGUACAAGUACAUUAACGAAAAGGUAGACAAGGUAGUGCGCCUUCAGCAGUUAAAUGAUCAGGAGUCUAAGGUCAUGAGCAGCAAGAUCAAGCAAGUGGCAUGGUCAUUUUUAAAUGACAGUGCCUACACGACGGCGUGUUUGCGUCUAGAGUCAGUGGAUCUGGCAGCUGGUGCAGUGUAUCUAGCUGGACUCUACGAGAGUUACGUGCCGGAGGACCUGUGCACUGCUAGUGGCCAAUCAUGGUGGAGUGCGUUGUCGACCCCUCUUCAUACCUUGCAAGAUGCGGCUCGCUACUUGCUCAACGCUUACACGGCGCCGUACAUUAAAACGAACGUGCUUGCAGCUGGACUGUCGAAGCUAGUCUAUUUGUUUUAUCCGCCAAAGCUGGUUGAGAGCCCCGCGUCCUUCGCAGAGUUGAACGUUGGGGAGCAAGAACGCUCAUCGCCCAUGGUAUCAUCGCCAAUGGACUCCGCUGCGUGCGUGACGUCCCCGGAGUGCGGCAACAGCCAAGGCCGGUCACCGUGUGACCACGACUUUGAUCACGACGUCAAAUCGCGCGUUAAACAUAGCGAAGAAAGUCCCCGCGAGACAGCACUGGUUCCCGCGACACCCACAUCGCUGUUGGACAAUUUCCCUAUUGCCAACGAUAGAUCAAGUGCUGACAAGUUGUCGGGAAGCAAUGCAGCGAUGCGCGCGGGGAGCAGCGGCAAAACGGCGCGCAAACGCGGUAACGACGUCGAAAACAUGUUUUGUUCCGGAAAAAAGUUUAAGUACUGUUUGUAA